AUGUUAACGCUGGAAAACAUGGCAUCGGAGAAUUAUUUAUAUGUUGGUCAUAUAUUAGGUGAGUUAAACAUGGUGAAUACAUUAGAUGUACCACCAAAUGAUAUAUUUGACCUAAUUGUAAAUGGAACUGUUGUCAUCAAUGGUUUAGUUGAACGUUAUGAAGGUAAAUGUGACGAUUUAGAAGAAUUAAAAGUAAACUUAUGCAUUGAAUAUGGUUUAAACGGUGGUCAUGAGCGAGUUCUUCAAUAUUUCGAUAAUUAUGUUAAUCAAUACUGCACGUUACAAAAAUUGGGAGCACCACCACACAAGUUACCAUUUGAAAAACCAUCAAAAAUACUAGAAGUCAAAGCUGAACUUGAGUUAAGAACGAAACAAACAAUUUCAAAAACAACAGAUUAUUUAGCAAAAUUCAUUGAAAAACUAAAAGUGCUCUAUCAAGAUGUUGACUGUGCAGAAGAACAUUAUGAGCUGUAUUUAAUUGAAAGUUUAACUAAGAGUCGAAAAAAUAUUCAGUCAAUAUUUCUUAAACUUGAAAUUGCCGACAGUUCAACAAAUACAUUCGAUAAUGCGUUUAACAAAUUAUGUGCAAAAUUAGCAGAUACAUUUUUAAUCGUAUAUUUAGAAAAAGAUGGGCAACGAAGUUAUUAUUUAGUUUAUUGUAAUAUAAUUAAAUUUGAUCUAACAAAUUUAACAAAACCGGAGAUGUUGUCAAUCUAUUUAGCGUCUUAUUAUGCAUUUGACUUAACAUGGUUAACAAAACAAAAGCCUAUCUGA